AAUAGGCGAUCUGCCUCUGUGGAUGUUCCAGCCUGUAUUGAAGUGGUAUUAUUAACGUAACGUUUGAACAAUAAUGUCGUUUAUGGAGGACGAAGCAUCAGACAGUGGGGUCGACUCGCGCUCACGGUUGGAAAGCUAUAUAUUCAGUUGUGAGUUGUCCUCUGAUGUUCCAUUUUACACAUUUCAAGCAGAUGAAGAUGAGGCUAUGGAACAUUUUCUCGAGCUUAGAACGAUUUGUCUGGGCGACGGCGCUAAAGAGGAGAAUAACGUGGUGGAAGUCACCUCUAUGAAUCAGCAGGGAAAGAAAAUAUCGGUGCCUGUAGCUAAUCUUCACAUAUCCUGUCUACCUAUGGUAAGCCUUGGUGAGUUUGAGUUGAUGGCUCCUGUCACACUACGCCUGAAAUCUGGAUCUGGACCAGUGACUGUCAGUGGGUUGCAUUUAGUUGCCACAGAGAAUGAAGACUCUGACAUGUCAGAGGAGGAAGAUGAUGAUGAUGAUAGUGAGGAGGAAAUGCCUGCUUUCAAACCAGCCAAGAAAAAGCAGUAGCUUUAAUCUCACAAACACAUAUUUUGAUGUUCACAUCAUACCUUUAUAUAUUUGAUACAAUACUAGAUUUUAUGUGCCUCUACCAGAUUUAAUGGAGGGUGGCAUAGGAUUUAACAGAUUUUUUUACUUCCAGAUGUGGUUGCAAAUUUUGAAUUGAGAGGUAAAUAUCUCAUGAUCAUUUGUAUCCCGUGCUGCAUGUUGAAUUUUUUUUAUUUCUGAAUACUGUUACUUAUGCAUACAAGAGUACAAAGAUGUAUUAAUUAUUGGAGUGGUGGUUGUCCCAGGAAUUGAAAUUAAAGUCCUGUCCUAUCACCAUUGUGCCCUGAGGCACUUAAGAUCAGGGGUGGACUAGGAAGAGAAAUCGACCUGGGAUUUUAUAUGGAAACUGGCCCAAAAGUUGGGGGAGAUCGCUGCCCCCUUCGGCAUGCUGCAUCGCCGUUUUGUGGCCCGUUCUGCAUAAUACGGUGGCCCAUUUCAGCUUAUCGCAGCCCAUUCGGCCCCGUAUCACGGGUAUGGGAAAAAGUCCCGGUUUUCCAGAUGGCCAGUUGCCCAGUUGCCCCUGCUUAAGAUGCUAUUGACAGUGAACA